AUGCAGGCGGCUCUGCGUAUGGCCGGCGGCCUGCGCCAAAGACUCCACACGUCAGCGGCCGCAGCCAAUGCGUUCCGGUUUGCCGACACGGGAUUUCCCGCCGUGCCCUACUUUGAAAUCAUCGACACCACCCUGCGUGAGGGUGAGCAGUUCUCGUCCACCGACUUUACCAGCCACGACCGCGUGUACAUUGCCAAGCUCCUGGACACCUUUGGUGUUGACUACAUUGAGCUCGUCAACCCUUUUGCCAGCCACCAGGCUCGCGAAGACUGUCGCGCCAUUGCCAACUUGGGCCUCAAAGCCAAAAUCGUCGCCCACACCCGUUGUCACAUGGACGAUGUCCGUGCCUGUGUCGAAACGGGCAUCGAUGGCGUCUCCAUGUACAUGGCCACGAGUGAAGCCCUGCGCCGUCACUCCCAUGGCAAAAGCGUUCAGGCUGUGAUCGAUUCCGCCCGUGAGGUGAUUGAGUUUGUCAAGGACAACGGCAUGGAGGUCCGCUUCAGCUGUGAAGAUACCUUUCGUAGCGAUCGCACCGAGCUCUUGGACAUUUAUGCUGCUAUCGACGAACUCGGCGUCAACCGCGUUGGCCUGGCCGAUACCGUCGGCAUCGCAACGCCUUUUCAAGUUGCAGAGACCGUCGCUGCCGUCCGCUCCAUCAUCAAGCCCGAGACAGGCAUUGAAUUUCACACGCACAACGACACGGGCUGCUGUAUCGCCAAUGCCCUCGUGGCCCUGCAAGCCGGAGCGACUCACAUCAACACUUGCGUCCUCGGCGUCGGUGAACGCAACGGCAUCACUCCCCUCGGUGGCUUUUUGGCCCGCAUGUACACGCUAGACCGCGAGAGCGUCAAGAACAAAUACGAUUUGAAGCUGCUGCGCCACCUGGAAAAAUACGUUGCGGCUGCUGCCAAGGUCCAGAUCCCCUUCAACAAUUACAUCACUGGCUCUUCAGCCUUUACCCACAAGGCCGGUGUUCACUCCAAGGCUGUCAUGUCUGACCCAGGUGCCUACGAGGUGAUCAACCCCGAUGACUUUGGCGUGGGUCGCAAUAUUGAGAUUGCCCACCACUUGACAGGCUGGAACGCGCUCAAGGCCCGGUCCAUGGACCUCAAUCUCACCAUCCCUGAUGAUCAGAUCAAGGCCGCCACCAAGAUGGUCAAGCACUAUGCUGCUGACAAGGGCAUCAAGCCAAGCCAGCUGGAUCAACUGUUGAUUGGCAUUGGUCGCGUCGCGGCCUCCAACAGCAGCUCGGACUUUGUCAAGAUGGCAGCGCUUCAACCCACGCCCGAGCUCAAGACGGCAAUGGAAUCGGCGGCCCACGCGCUGCUCGAGUACGAGAACAAGGUGGCCCUGGACAUCUUGGCUACUAUUGCUGAAGUCUCGCAGGAUGCGCGUCCCACCAAGCUCAUCUCGGUGUCAGGCCAUUUGUUUGACAAGGCCGUUCUCAACCGUUUGUUGGAUCUCGUGGUGGACAGCCCGUGCGAUUUCGAGGUCAAGCGCCUGCACGUCCCUCCAGCCGAUGAGCAAUACAGUACGGCUGUCUUGCAGUUGUGGGGCGAGAAUGACGCCACGCUUGACCAGGUCAAGAGCGACAUGCAGCAGCUCAUCGAUGCCAAUUCAAGCAUCGCCUUUUGUACCCUCGAGGAGAUUAGCUUCAUCGAGGAUCCCGCUGCCAUGUCCAAGAUUGAAAAGUAGGAUGGUAUGGAUGUUAGCUCGCGGCUGUCCAUUCUGCCUGCUUGGCACUCCGAGUCUGCCGCUCGAGAGGUCGCCCCCCAGUUCAGAGACGCUGUUUUGCAGGCAGUUUUUCUUUGCGUUUGAGGUGAAGGGGCAGAUGCUCAAUCAAAUCACAUUGUCAAAUCAAUUUCGAAAUUUG